AUGAACUGCCAGAGUACUUACUUCACUUUCCGCGAGGAAUUAACUCUACAAAAUGGAAUGAUAUACAAAGGUGAUCGUGUGGUGGUACCAGAGACACAGAGACAUGAAUUGAUCGAAAGUUCUCACUCUCAUAUCGGUAUCCAGGGUUGUAUCCGUAGGAUCAGAGAGUGUCUUUACUGGCCAAGAAUGUACAGCGACAUCGAAAAGUUUGUCAGCGAGUGUGACACGUGUAACACUCACUCCAGUGAUCAGAGGAAAGAGCCUUUGAUUCACCAUGAAGUCUGCCAACGGCCAUGGCAGAAAGUAGGAAUAGAUAUAUUCACCCUCAACCAGAAGGAUUUCCUUCUAACAGUUGAUUAUUUUUCCAGUUUCUUCGAGGUUGAUCGAUUACACGACAAAACUGCAAAAGAAAUUGUAGGCAAAGUUCGUUCUCACUUUGCACGUCAUGGGAUUCCCGACACCGUCGUGACCGAUAACGGACCACCGUUUGGUUCCAACGACUUCGCAGCAUUUGCUCAGUGUUACGAGUUUGAGCAUAUCACAAGUUCUCCGUUGUACCCUCAGUCAAAUGGAAAGGUGGAGAAUGCUGUCAAAGUCGCGAAAAGUCUUAUGAUCAAAUCAAUCACGGAUGAGAAGGACCCGUAUUUGGCACUCUUAAACUGGAGAAACACACCAUCGGAAGGACUAGGGAGUUCACCAGCCGACGCCUUUACAGCCGGAGGACUAAGACGUUACUUCCAAUGCCAGCACACCUGUUGGAACCUCAAGUUCAGCAGAAUGUAA